UGGACCAACCUACUCCUCCCCUUCCUCUACCUCACAAUCGUCUUCGGCUCACUCGCAACCUUCUCCUCCACCUACCGCAAACGCCAACUCGCCAAACAAGCCUCCCUCGAACCAUGGUUUCCCGCACAUACUCAACGAGACAUAUACCUCUCCCUGCUACACCUCGAUCCCUCAGAAGCGGCUGAGGAAGGAGAGAAGAAGUUGAACAAAGUGCCGGAUUCAGUGCUGAAGGCUGCAUUGAUGAGGAGAGCGGUGGAGGAUAUUGAGAGGAUUGUCAAAUUGAGAGCAUCGAAACCUGCGCUGCAGAAUUUGUUGCAGAGGGGGAGUGUGAGUGACGAGUUGAUGCAGAGGUUUGUUCGAGCGGAGAAGGAGAUGGAGGCGGAGGUGAAGGAUGUUGUUGAGGAGGCCAACGCAUUCACAUCCGGCUGGGGCCAAGUCAUCUUCCAGUCAGCGAACGAGAUCAACCAAAACAGGAUAAUCAAGGAGCGAACGUCGGAGUUGUCAGCGACGAGAGAUAGUGAGAAAGAGUGGUGGGAGAAGCGCCGGGAAGGCAUCCAGCAAGAACUGCUGGUGGAGUUGGACGAGGAGGCAGUGAAGACUGGC